ACCCCACUGACCCCAGGCACGCCCUUGUGCCAGGCCGCCACUGACCUCGAGGAUACACCGGGCAAGGCUCCCACUGGCAUGGCCAGUCUCCUUCGGCACGACCCCCGCCGAUCCUCGUGAGAGGAAGUGGGGCAGCAUUGACUCCCAAACCACUCUCUCUGCUUUCCAGCAAUGGAUCCAAUGAUGAUAUAUUAGAUAAAAAGAAGAGACAAUGAAAGCCUUUUUAAAAAGUUCAGAUGGUGUUUUUAUGCUGAGAGCAAAAGUAACUACUAUAGGAAGACAUGAAGAUUCAGAUCUCGUUCUGAAGUCUAUAGGUAUUGAAGAUCACCAUGCAGUCAUUGAAUUCAGUGAUUCAGAAAGCAGCUUUGUUCUUCAAGAUUUCAACUCUCUUCAUGGCACUUUCGUUAAUGAUUGCCAUAUACAGAACGCAGCAGUGAAAGUGGGUGCAGGGGAUAUUCUGCGCUUUGGUUCAGGAGGAACAUCCUAUGAGCUAGUGAUAGAAAACACUUCUCAGAUGUCUUGCCCACCAAUGAAACAUCGCACAGCAUGGCCAGGGCAGCUUCAGUUAAUUUCAGAGAUAAAACUUUACACCCCUUCAACAGCUCCUCCUCAGCUUCCUUUCCUCCAGUCUCAGCACCCAUCCAGUGUUCACAACAGUUGGAUACAUGGAACAAAUGGAACUACACCCCAUCCACCAAACAGAAAAAGACCUGUGAGUGCUUGGGGGAGAAGUAUGACUUCUUCUUUCUCUCCAGAUACUUUCAAUAGGCCUACUGCAGUCAGACAAGGAAAUGGACAAUCUGGAGCAAGUGGAGUUCCAUUAUCAGGAAGUCAUCAUAUGGAUUUACUUCUUCAGGAAAAGGAUGAAAUAAUUCUGAAAAUGAAAGAUGAAAUCAGUCGUCUCUUGAGUUUUGAAAGUGAGUCAAAACAUAAAGAUACAGUGAUAGCCAAUCUUCAGGAUGAAAUUGCAGUGAUGACAAAGAAGAUGGCUCAGGCUGCUAGGAAUGAUGUCGAGUCUACUCAAAAACUACUGACCUUUGAGCGAGAUAUUGAAGCAAAGACAGGAGAGAUUAAAGCCUUGAAAGAGCAGAUCAGCAGUCUGCAGAGAGAUUCGAGCCAAGUCUUGUGCCAUUCCCUCUCUGAAAGAGACUUAGAAAUUGCAAACUUGAAAAAAGAGGGUGAGAAGCUAAGGAGGAACCAAGGUCUAACUACAGGACUGGUGACCAGUUUGCAAAGAGACAUUUCAGCAAAAGAGCAGAGAAUACUGCAACUAAAACUGAAUGCAGAUAAACUAAAGAAGGAAAACAGGGAGAAGGAUAAUCAGCUUGCAGUCAUUUCUGCCAAGUGUUCUAGAAUUAAAGAGGAAAUGAAGCAUGAAUUCAGAGAGAGAGAAGCAAUUACAUACCAAAAUCGCAUUGGAGAGCUGGAGCUGCAAGUGAAGGGGCUGCAGGGAGAAAUGCAGAAGAACCGCACCGAACAAGAAAUCAUAACAAGUAGGCUUGCAGAAAAAACAAAGGCUGAAGAGGAACUGAAAAAAGAGUGUGAAAGGAAAUGUCUGCAGUUACAAGAGAUGGGGCGCAGAGAAGGCCUCAUUAAAGCUGACUUGGAACAGGCAAAAGCUCAGCUGGAGUGUUUCAAAAGGCAAAUGAUUGAAAUCUUCUAUUCACAAGAAGCGGAAAUUCCAGAGACUGUAACAGAUCAACAGUUAAUGGAAAAGAUAAGACAGAUCACUAAUGAAAAUCUGCAGAAUCAUGAAGAGGAGAAGUUAUUACAGGAGGAAAUGAGUUCCAAGGACUCUGAAGAGAAGGAAGUAUCUGAAAGUGUUGAGAUGUUGAAGAAAUCAUUGGAUGAAUUCCAGGCUUUCUUAAAUACCUCCUAUUGCAGCAGUAGCUUGAAAAGAGAGAUUUGUAACCUUCAAGAUCUGUGCAUUGACCCCUCUGUCUUGUGGAUCCACACACCAGUAGUUGAAAUUCUAAGCAGUUUACUCUCAUGGGUAGAAGCAAUGGAGCAGCUCCUUCAUGAUGUGGGGAUUGACGUGUCUUGUUCUGACAAAGGAAUGGCCUCAUACAUGAAGAGUCUGCUGGAGAAUAAUCAUGAAACUAUGGGCAGAAUUCAAACAUUGCAGGCCCAAUUAGACAAAUUACAGGAAUCCCAGAAUUCUGUGCUACACGAGAAGCUGAAUGAACUAAAAGUGGAACAUGAGAAAGAAUUACAGGACAAGAUAAAACUAAUACUUUUAGAAAAAGAGGAAGAAAAUAAAAAGAUUCUGGACAGUGCUGUUGCCCAAGAAAAAGACAAAUUAAAGGAAUCUGUGGAGGAAGAAAAGAAAAAGGUCCAACAUUUGGAAAAUCAAUGGAGACAUUUGACUGAGGUAAUUGAACUUAAAAUGAAAGAAGAAGAAAGUGUAAAUGCCAAACUGAUAGAAGCAGUGGACAGCUUAGAAGAGGCUAGAAAGAGAGAGGCCAUGUUGCAAGAGCACCUGUUGAUGCAAGACAAACAUCUAACACUCAUUCAGGAUGAGAAUGAGUUACUGAAGCAGAAAAUUCAGAAAGAAAUAAUGGAAUAUAAAGAACAAAUCAAGCAACAUUCAGAGACAAUUGUGGCUUUAGAAGACAGACUGCUGGAGGCCACACAGCAUCAGAAGAAUAUAGAGGAGGAAAAUUUAGCUCUACGGGAAAAAAUAGAAAUAUUUCAGAAAGAGCCUCAGCAGUCAACAUCGUCUAUUUCACAAGAGCUUUCUGACAAUGAAGAGGCCCAUGUUCUUCUGAUAGGAGAAUUAGCAGCUGCUCGGAAGGAAAUCCUGUCCAAACAGGCUAUCAUUUUGGGAUUAAAGAAAGACCUCUCAGAAGCCAAAGCCAGAAUGUCGGAUAUGAUAGGAGAACUCAGUGAGAAACAAAAGAUGGAACUGGAGCGGAACCUAAUUCUUGUUAGAAGCCAAGAGAGUGAACUGAAUGAGCUUAGAGAGAAGCUAUUUGAGAUGUCAGACCUUGUGGACAAGAAGGAUAAAGACCUGAGAACUUCAGCUGAAGAAUUAAGGCAUGCGAAAGAAAAACUGAAAAAGCUGAAGAAUGCAGCAAAAGAAAAGGAGAGUGAGUUUGAAAAGCUACCACAAACAGAUGUGCAGGCCAGUAACACCACAAAGGAUGAAGUCCCCAAAACCAAAAAGAAGCAGAAUUUGGACUUGGCUGACCUAGGAGCUAAGUGUAAAGGUCUCAGACAUGAGGAGAUAAUUCAGCGCCAAAAAGAUGCACUGACUGAGCUCCGAGACAGAAUCAAGACGCUGGAAAAGACUCAGCCUUUAACUGUUAAAGAGAAGGUUCCUGAGCCACUUAUAGUGCUAAAGAAAGACCUAUCUGAGAAAAUAGCUCAGAAAAUAGGCUUAGAAAAGGAACGUGUGCCAUCAUCAAUAAAAAAAAUGGAGGCCAAGCUUCCAAGCCAUUUUCCCAACACAUAUUCAAAUGUAGCCUUAGAGAGGACAGCAAAGUUGGAAAUGUCUGACGCUUUAGACCUCAGCGAGAAGAUGUAUCUAAACUUAAUUCAUGCUCUUGGAAGUCUGAUGAAUGUGAAAGAGCUGACAGGAGUGCAGUCUGUUAAGCAUCUUUCUCAGGAUGAGAGAGAAAAAGUGAGAAUGGAGCGACAGAAGGACCUUGAGCUGCUAUACGAUAAGAUCAGUAAACUCAAGAGUCGGCUAGAAAGGAAAGAAGAACUACUGAAAGAGUAUGAGUCAGACAUUGGACAACUCAGGGCGAAUAAGGUCUCUCUGCAAGCGUACCAGGCCGAGAUAACUAAACUGGAAGAUGAUGUCUAUAGAGAAGCAGAAGAGAAUGCUCUGCUAAAAGAGGCUCUAGAGAGGACACAGUUCCAGCUGAAUCAGGAGAAAAGGUUGAACAGAGCUGUUAAACUGCAUAAGAGCCAUUUAGAGGAACUGGAGAAGAGAAGUGAAAAGUUGUCACCAUGUCGUACCUGUUCACAAAAAGACAGAGCCAGGAAGCCUGGACCCAAAACAAAAUCAUUCCCCGAAAAGCUGAAGACGACAGACCAUGUGAUAGAAACAUUUAAGAGGAGAGCACAUAGUAAUGCCACCUCAUAGGCGUUUCUCUUGCAAAAAUCCUGUAGUAGGAAUUUGCCAAGUACUGUAAUACUGUUUGGGUUAGAGCUGUUAUUAAUUGUAUUGUUUUGAUGAGAAUCCAUUUAGCCCUUAUGUAAAUAUAUGAAAUGCUGCAGUGUAUCUUGAAUUACUUAGGACUUGUUUUUUUUAAAUAUGUUGCUUAUGUACCAUAUUGUAUUUCUGAUAAUUAGAAGUGUAAGAAAAAUGGUCAUUUUAAUACAAACUGAUAUAUAAAUUCAGAAGUGUAUUUUUUAUCUUUAUAAGUAUCCUUUUUUAAAUAGUCUCAAACUCCUAAGGUCUGCUUAGGUUAAAUUUUGUUAUGCUGGUGUAGCUCACUUGAGCCCUAACACAGUCCUAAAUCCAAGUAGAUCCAUGGUAGAGUUCCAGCAUGAGGUAUGAAAAUGGACCACCAGGUUCUGACAACUAAAUUCCAGAAUUGCAUAAAUGUGACUGAACAGAACCAUUCUGAGUCCAUUGUGUAAUUACAACCAAUUGAAAGAACACUGUUCAUUUACUAGAAUGUUACUUAAAUAAUACACUUGCAUGAGCAAUCUGGGAGCCACAUUUGAUAAGCAGCCUUAGGGACCAACCCAAAUUCCCAUAUUCCGGUGAAUACAGAACAGCAAGGGCUCACCUCUCUGUUACUCUGAUCAGAUGUAUUAUUUAUUACUAUAGCAUUCUUGAAAACUAAAGGCUAUUUUCCUUUGCAAAAUCAGAGCAAAAUGUUCGUACUAGUUACCACCCAAAAUAAUUCUUGAUAUCUGAGAAAGCUAAUCUUGCUAAGUAGUGAGGUAGGUGUUAGCCCAUUCGCUGCUGGGUCAGCGCAGUAAGCUAGUGGUUCUGGUACAUACUGUCCCCACAGUCAUUCUCCCUUUGUUGUAUUCUGAACAGUUUGCACAGAUCCUUUCAACAAUGGGUAAUUUGGAUUCUAGGCUGUAUAGAUAAAGUCCUAUUAUAUUGCAAAUUGUCUACAUUUUGGCACUAACAAACUGGCUCAUUAGUGCUAAAAUGUCCAGUGCGUGGACAUGCUUUUGUCCGAGUCUCACUGCUAAUGUUAUGUAUGGUACAAUAGUCCGUAACUAGUAGCUCUUUUCUAGUGCAGACUUGGUUUAGUUCCUAACACACUGGGUAAAGUCAGUCUCUCUUUAGGACUUGGCCUAUUUUUCUUACCAGAUGUGCAAUGUGCUUCCAUCUGUACAAUGUCCUGAGUUUAUUUUGGGACAAUACAUGACCUCACAUGCCUGUUUUAUUUUAACAUUUUGCUCUAGCCCCGUCUAUCUGUUCUGUUUGAACCUUUGCAGCAGUUCUUCCUUGAGCGUUUUUGGGGCAUCAUUAUUUUGCAAUCCUCAUAUAUUGCCCUUCCCCCUGCCCUAUAACAUUAGCUAAUUUCUAUAGCUGCCGUACCUUGAAUAAUCUAGAUUUGCAUGUGGCUAUCACUUCAGUAUUGUCCCAAGGAUUUGAAAAGUCUCCUCUGUCUUGCUUGUGAUAAAUUUAAUCUUCUGAUCAGCUGCUAGUAAGGUAAUCAUUACCAAACUAGCAUAUGCUGCCUUAUUUCCUAUGUUUUUUUCUUUCAUACUCUCAUCCAUUGCUCUUCCCAGUGCACCAGCUGUAGAUGUAGCUUUGCUAGAAGUGGAAUACUUUCAGGUCAUCUCAGAAGCUUGAUCAUAAUUAUUUUAAUCUGCAGAGGGCAGUCACUCAGUGACUUCAUAAAGAAUAAUUGAUGUCUUGUGGUCAGUUUCAGACCCUUUAUAGUCUAAUUAAACGGUUCUCUAGCAAAUACGUUUAGCAGUUUUUUUAUCUAUAUGUCUAAUUUCCAUAUGUCAGUCAAUAUUGUGUCUAAACAACAGGUCAUCACUGAUAAUCAGACCUUUGCUCAAGUAUGUUUUCAGAUGUUUCAAGAUAUUUUGCAAUACAGGGAAACUGUUAAGGUUAUGAGGAGUCCUUGUGGCACAUUAGAGACUAGCAAAUUUAUUUGGGCAUAAGCUUUCGUGGGCUAAAACCUGGGUGCCAUAAGGAAUCCUUGUUGUUUUUGCUGAUACAGACUAACAAGGCUACCCCUCUGAAACCUGUUAAGGUUAUAUCAUUCCUGCAGAGCUCUGAUGACACCAAAAAUCAAUAGCUUUGCCCUUGGUGCUCAGCAUGUGAUGCCAAAGGUCUAGUAACGUCCAACAAUCUGAGAAGUUGAGGAAACUAGUACAAGCCAUGUACUUAGUGUGUUACUGCCCUUCCCAAAUUGUUAAAAAUAUAUAAAUAAAGUAAAUUUGGCCUCAUUUUCAGAGGUACUGAGCAACCGCAGCUUUCUGUGGAAGUUAGUGGGAACACAUAUGUGCUCAGCACCUUUGAAAAUCAGGGAAAUUAUUUUUAAAAAGCUUAUUUUUAAUAGAAUACCUAUUCUCAAGAUUCAGUGCACAGAGCCAAUGUGCUACAAUAACCUUUUCCAGCAACCUCAUGCAUGGAAAUAUCUACAUCUUUGCAAUUCACACUUGCAUUGAGUCAUUAUUUUAUCUCUGUAUUUGGCACUGAUCCAACCGCUGCUGGAAUACUGUGUUCAGUUUUGGUGCCCAUAAUUCAAGAAGGAAAUAGAUAAAUUAAGGAAGGUACAGAAAAGAACCAUGAGAAUGAAUAAAGGAUUAGAAAACAUGCCUUACAGUGAGAAGCAAAGACUUUAAUCUAUGUAGCUUAACAAAAAAAAGGUUAAGGUGUGACUUGAUUACAGUCUGUAAGUACUGUAUCUACAUGGGGAACAAAUAUUUAAUAAUGGGAUCUUCACUUCUAGUAGAGCAAGGUAUAACACAAUCCAAUGAUUGGACGUUGAAGUUAGACAAAUUCGGACUGGAAGUAUGAUGUACAUUUUUGACAGUGAGGAUAAUUAACUAUUAGACAAUUUAUCAAGGGUCAUGGUGCAUUCUCCAUCAUUGACCAUAUUUAAAUCAAGACCAGAUGUUUUUCAAAAAGAUCUGCUCUAGGAAUUAUUUUGGGGAAGUUUUCUGGAGUGUUAUAGAGGAGGUCAGACUAGAUGACAACAAUGGUCCCUCUGGCUUUGGAAUCUAUGGAACAAGUUCUCCUUUAUAGCUUAGACAUAUUUGUUUGCUUUGUUUAUUUCUUCACCACUGCUCUGUACUUGAUGGAACAGCUUCUGAAAAGUUGCUCCACUAAUUCCAUUAUAAAUGUUCUUUAGUAAUUGCAUCUCUAGUACUGUGAACUGCUGCUUUAAUUAAAUAUUAUUUUCAUGCA